CGUAAACCUAAGCCAUACCCACCAUCUCACAAGCUUCAUCUGAUGAUUGUGAAUGUUUUUUUUUUGACCAUUCUUUCUCUCGCCACGCUACACCACCACGCCAGCUGAAAUGGAGUGAGUCCUGCUUCGUCGCCAUUACUUUCGUCAGCGAAUUGCUCCCCCGCCAGGCAGUCUUGUCGCUAUUGUAUGGAGUAGAGUACUCGAGUAAGAUAAUACCUUUAACACUACGCCAACAUAAUCGCCGGCACUGCUAGAUCUGGGUAUUAUGCGGUCGGGUGGUCAUACCCAUUUUCUCUAAAUCCGAGUUUCAACCAUUGCCAUUGUUCCCUUCAAUUGACGGUUGUUCGUGGGACGCUCCUUCCCAUCUCUCACGAUUCUAUAGAGAACCAACCGACUCCUCUGCGAACCGAAUUCCUCUCCGACCGAGCCACCAACCACCAGGCCGCCCACGACCUUUGAUGUGCGGCCCUUUUUGUUUACUUGUCGCCAUUAGAUAUACUCUUUCUCCCAGCCCAAGUUUUGGUGUGGGAUUUUCAGUCUCUGGUCAACGAGACUUCUGCGAGAGAAAAUACCCGGAUGUCUCUGUAACUGCGGUCGCCGAAUCAUACAUCUAGAGCUUCGACACAGCCAACUUCUCUGCACAACACCAAUCCCACGAAAGAUCGAUCGAUCCAAAUGGCGCCAUCCGUCAGAGAGGAGGCCAAGAAACUUCGGCGGAAAAGCAUCAACCUCUUUUCCAGGAACUCGCUGCAGAUCAACACCGACGUUUACGAUGACAGCAAUGCGGAAGUUGAGAAGAAGGAAAGAAAGAACCUGAACAAGAGGGCUUCGAUCUUCGGCAUAGGCCCAUUACUGAACCUCGAUGUUGACCAUGGCCAGGAUGCCGCGCAUAGUCCUUCCCUAAGCCCUGGAGACACCCCUAAAGUGCGGAAUCGAACAUUACAAAAACCUAGACCAACUUCAAUCUUUGGGUCUUUGGGGAGAAAGUCGAUGACAUAUGUGGACGAAGAUGAGGUAGAAGACUUUAUCAAUUAUCGGCCGGAAUCGUCGGGAGAAGGAUCGACUCUGGAGCCGACAAGCGCGAACAACAAGAUGGUUCUGUUCCAUGGCGAGGUUCAAACAGAAAGUGGGAUGUUUAGGAAGAAGAAGGAAUAUUUGGUUCUGACCGACACCCAUCUGAUCCGCUUCAAAAGCCAGCAACGCGCCUCGGAUACAUUCCCAACGAUCCCUCCCUUUCCCGGCCACCGCCAGUCCAUACGACACCCUUCAAACAACUCGGUUGGGUCUUUACAUGAGGUUCAAUCAAAUCACUCAUAUGUUUCUGCGGAGGGGGAAAGUCGGAUAUCGCUAUCACAAAUAGUCACAGCUUACAGAGUAGAAGACGGCCGGCCAUUUUUUACAACUGAGGUGGUGUAUUUAGAUGAGGAAUAUCAUGGCGUGGGUUCCGUUCAACUCAUGCUUUACGAUCCCACAGAUGCAGAUUUAUGGCUUUCCUCAAUAAAAGGUGCUGCCCAGAAAGCAAGACUUCUCCAAACAGAGCCUUAUCCGCAACGCAUCAUUCGUUACAUUAUCCGGUUACUAGAGGGCUUACAUGAUUAUGACCCAAACCACUUUCAAGUUUUCCGAGUGGUCAGGAGAUCGCCAGCAGCCAAAGGUGGACGAAGCUCUACUUCUGAUGACAUGCAAAAAAUGGGAGGAACGGUGUUCUAUAUGGUCAUUGGAAUCAAUAGCCUGCAUCUCGUUCCUGUACCGGAUUUUACUGAUGCUUCGGGGAGGCUUAUGGUGCCAAAAAACAGCCGGCAUACGCAUGGUAUUGUGUCACUCUUUCAGAUCAAUAUGUUGAGUGGAGAUGAUAGAUUCGAACUAGCCUUCAGGUAGGAUUUCCCGCCCGUCCAUAUUUGCUGGAAACUUUUCAGUCAAAUUUAUGGGACAUACGCUAAUUCUUAAAAGAAUGCCCAUGCAGCCCGUCAAAGUUCUCGAGCUUGCUGCUUUUGCCAGCUACGACAUUGUUGCAGUUGUCAGUAGAGUGUGGCAAUACCUUAGACCUCUUUGGAUUGAUCGUAGCUUCCUGCUCAAAGGUCUUGGGGAUCAGACCCCCCUUAACGAAGGAAUUAUCAUCCCCGAGGAAGAGGAGUACGGCGGAUUCGAAAGGACUUUGGUGGCUCAUUGUUCAGCAUACAACGUGUGUAAAACUUUCAGGUGUUAUAUUUGAAUAUCAGCUGACUAGGUUUACAGUGCAACCCAGCUAACAUUCAAUAUUCUGUUGAUUGGGAUGUGGAGGACGCCCCUGAAUUUCGGCUAUAUCCACCAGCACUUACGAAGAAUUAUUCUGUCUUUGAGUUAUUGUCGGUCAUGCGAGCACUAAGGUACAAUAACGCCUUCCACUCAAUCUCUUUUAAGGAUGUCGAUUUGCAUAGUAUGCAUGGAGUUGCAGAUGAACACGGAACAGACCAUGUGGCUUACACAAGUCGUAACAACAGUAAGAAUAAUUCCUCAGACAAGAGUAUUUAGCUGACGUUAUAAAGUUCAUAUCAUGAAAUAUCCCAACAUCAAUCCACAAAUUCGAUCUGCGUUAUAUCGAGAAGUUCAGGCUCUUGCUCUUAAAUCAUCGUCACUUCGACGGUUAGAUUUUACCAAUACCCUACCUAGGCGAAGACCUACAGAUGCUUUUGAUAUGGAGGGUCGAGAGAUCGACAAAGAUCCCGGAUGCGAGAUAGUAGCAGCAUUACUUCCGCUCUGCGGCAAGAAAAUGACUAAUGUCAGUUGGAUUGUGUUGAGCGGAGUAGAGCUUGGAGAAACCGAUUUGGAGGAGAUGAGUAAGUUGUUCAACCAUCAAAUCCAAGUAAGGCCACUUACUGAGUUCCAUGUAGUUCCUGCGCUUAACGAGAGAGCUUCUCGAAUUAGAGCCAUCGAAUGUUCACGAUGUGGUCUGACCGAUCGAGGCAUAAUUCAACUUCUGGGGAAUUUAGAGAAGCAGAAUGCCACUUUGGAGUGUAUCAACAUCUCGGAUAAUUCUGGUCGCAUUGAGCUUGGUAGAUUUUCCUCAUCAAUGAGCCGCUUCUCUCGCAUUCGGAAACUUGAUUUAUCGAGGAUAACUACAACCUCUGGUGGCCGGCCUCUCUUUGCGCCCGAAGUCUUGUUGUCUUGGUCUUUGGAGGAGCUGAUCAUGAACGGUAUUCCAGUGAGUAUUUCAAAACAUUUUCUCCGUAUUUUUGCUGAUGAUACCAGAUCAACGACAAAUCCCUAGAUGCAAUUGCCGCUUAUCUUUCAAGUGAAAAGUCAAACUCUCUUCGGGUACUGCAAAUGGAACAAUGUAAUUUGAACGGAGAUCAAGUUGCUAAGCUUAUGAGAGCUAUGGCUAGAUCUGCAGGUAAAGCACGUGAAUUGCAACUCCACGUCAGCGCCAACAAUUUGCAACGGGAAGUCGGGGAGAUUGCCCAGGCUAUCAAGGAGAAUCACACCCCAUCCCAUCUCGUUAUGCGCAUGAUAGAGUUUGAGAAGGAAGACCAUUUUAGACAGAUCCUUGAAUCUUUGCGGACAAAUACGACAAUUCGAGUACUGGAUAUCUCUAAGGCCUCUCUUCCUUACGAUGCAAAUCAAGAAACGUGCGAUACCCUAAGAUCAGUUUUUGCGGAAAAUACGACAUUGGAAGACCUUGAUAUCUCUGGAGAACAGGCUCAUUUGGAAGUCACUCGCUUCGGAAUCGGGCUGAAUCACGCCCUCACCGGCCUCAAAGCGAAUACAACGCUAAAGGUUCUGCGGAUUGAACACCAAAACCUUGGAAUGGAGGGUGCAAACACUCUUUCAUCAGUGCUUGAAGAGAACAGGGGCCUUACUCAUAUACAUUGCGAGCAUAAUGAUAUCAAUCUUCAAGGCUUCACCAUUAUCGUCAAUGCUUUGGCUACGAAUUAUUCGAUUCUGGAGUUUCCUUUCAUGUACACUGAACAAGAUGCAUCCAUGAGACGUUUAAGUGUUACCAUGAACGAUACUCGUCUUGAUGCCUCCAAGUCGAAACGCGAUCACCGACCUUCGAUUCGACGUACAUUGUCAGCUCUUGGUGCCAAAUCAUCACAAUCCACUCGCGAUUUAACACCACAAGAUGUUGAUGCUGUAGUAAUGGUUCUCCAACAGCGCUGGGAGACCGAAUUUAAUAGAAUGGCCAGAUUCCUGGACCGAAAUCGCAAGAUCGCAGACGGGUUAGAUGUUUAUGGCCCAGGUGGGGAGUUCCACAUCGGUGAGGAUGUAUUGAGACCGACGACGGCUCUGAGCGAUCGGGGUAUCUUGGAAAGUGUCUUGAAUAGUACGACACCACGAGCGGAUCUUCCGAAUCCGGUGGAUCAGCAUAUGAGUGAGAAGGUGGAGGAGUUGGGUCUGCAAAAUAUAGUUGAGGGCGGUGAGACGACGCCUUCCAUCUAUCUUAGUGAUACGAGCAAGAUUGCGGACGAGGGUGGGGAACCUACGCCGAUUGAGUAUAAGCCCAUUGAUUAUAUUGGGGAGGGAGGCACGCCAUUACCAGUUUUCGAACACUCGACUAGCUUCUUUGAUCUUGAUGAUCCUAGUGGGGACUUUUUUAAGAUGGAUUCUUGAAUGUGUAGAGGAGGGGAACGGGAUGAGGAUGGGGGUCGGAAUUGGGGUGGCAUGUGAUCUGAGCAUUUGAAUGGAGCGUGGGAUUUUCCUCUUUUUUAUUUCUCUUUUGUGUUGUGGGUUGGUUCUCUCCUGUUUGGAUGAGUGAAAUGGGAUGGAUGAAUGGGAAUCCAAGAGUAUUUCAUCAUUUCUUCGCCUCUCUUUCCUCCUUUCUGAGAUUUGGGUUGGAUGAAUGAAGGACUUUGGCAUUUUAUGGGCUUUUUGAUUGGUUGGUGAUGCUUCCAGGGCUCGCUCUCGUUCUUUUUUUUUUUCCCCUGAUGGGGGGGUACUCUUGUUGGAGUAGAUAUUCUUUGCGUGCUGCUCUGCUCUGCCCUGUUUUGUUUUGUUUUGUUUUGUACUUGGAUUGGCUUUCGUCGUUGCAUUUCCGGGGGGUUUCUUCAUUUUGGGUGGGGGCGUUUUGCUUUGUUUUUGUUUUUUUAGAUGGGUUGGGUUGGUGGUGCGGUUCGUGAUCUGAAUAUUGACAGAGAGAGAGAGAGAGAGACAGAGAGGAAGAGAGAGAAAGAGCU